GUGCUCCGUUGUUGUCGCUUGUCGUUGUCGUUCUCGUUCUCGUUGUCGUGUUGUCGUUGUCGUUGUCGCUGUCGUAUGGGCAUCAACGCAUCGCCUCACAUCGCGUAGCCGCAGUGUUGACCGUCCGCAUCCGCAAUCUCUCGAACGAAGCAAGGCAGCUGGAAAAUCAAGAAACAAGUGCCAGCCCAGAUAUUUAAAAGUAUUCCGCCAUCGGUUAUCGCAAUUGUUGAAUGCUGGUAAAGCGUUAAGUGAGACGAGAGUGCACGUGCUACAAACAUCUCAAAUGCCUGCGUUAAGUUUCUGGAUGUGUUGUUAUGCAAAUCGCAUCGUUUUGGCUUGAGGCAACAAUACAGUGAGUGUGUGUGAGUGAGUGCGGUUGAGUGUGUAUGUGUGCCGCAGUUACAGUGUGUAUGUGCGCUGGUGUACGCGCCCACAAUGCAUAAAUCAAAAUACACAUUAUUGAGUCAUAAAUAAAGUUCGCAUCGGCUGCUACUUUAAAUAUUGGCCCCGUGGCUGGCGGCGAUUCGAAGACGAGAAAGUCUGUAGAAAGCCAACCAAAGCAAGGCCGCCGAAAUCGAAAUUUAUGCCUCGCACCCGCCAAAUACUUUUCCAUAUUUUUUGCUCAAUUGCCUGCCCGCCGCUCCUCCUUCUGCGCCUCCUCCGCUCAUUGGUAUGAUGUGUGCGUCUCGCUGGCUGCAUAAAACCCGCUCAAUGCCAACACGCCCUCAACAGCAGCAAUAAGCAAUAAGCACAGCAGCAACAACUCCAUCCCUGCGGGCUGCUUUUAUUACAAAGGCCGUAAAAAACGCCAAAAAGCGGAGUAAACGCCACAGCAAAAGGAUACAAUACGGCCAAGCAGGGUUACUACUCGGAAAGGACACGGCUAAGCUUCAGGAUGCGAGGAAAAAGGAUUUGAAAUUACAUUUUUAAUGCGAAGCGGGCAAGAAAAAGUGCGCGAAAUGAGCAACACGUGCGCGCUUUAUUUUAAAUAUUUAUAAGCAAACACACACACAGCGAAACGCGCACCAACACACGCGCACACACACACACACACAUAUUUAGGUGACCAAAGUUAAGCCUCGUCAAAUUCUAUUAAAAAUUCAUCUUAACGGUUAUGCGUUUUGUACAAACAGCAGCUCAGGAGCCAAGCGGAAAAAAUGUUUGUAAAUAUUAAAAUGAAUUUAUGUGCAGCGCAAAAGUUUUUAAUUAAGUGAAAAGCGAAAACACGAGUGGUAACGAUAAAACGCGCCGCCAACAAAUCAUUGAGAGAGAGCGAAUUAGAGCAACGAGCUUAAAUAUUUGAAACGAUGUUCGAGCAGAGCGAGCCCAAUUUAUUUGCAUAUUCAGUGCUCGUUCAGUGAGCCGCAAUCAAGCCAAGCGCCGAAUACCAACUAACCAGUAAUCACCAAUCAGCCAAUCGGAUCGGGAGCAGAGCCACAACCAUGUCCAUCACCGUCUCAUUCCUUAUCUGCCUGAUCAUGGGAGCCAUAACCUAUGUAAAUUCGCACGAGCAUGCCGAUGGCUUCAAGCCAGAUGGCGAAAUCCUGCGCGUGCUGGUGAACAGCUCGGCCCAAAUCAAAUGCGAUGUGGGCUCCAGCCAGGCCGAUGACAAAGUGCUGCUGGUUGUUUGGUACAAGAAUAAUUUACCCAUUUACAGCUACGACACACGUGGCGCCCACGCAGGCACCCCAUCGCACUGGCGGGACGAGGAGGUCCUCGAGGAUCGGGCCGUCUUUCGCACGCACAAGGAGCCGGCGGAAUUGAUUAUAAAUCCGGUUAAGGAAAAGGAUGCGGGCAACUUUCGCUGUCGCGUGGACUUCAAGCUAUCGCAGACCCGCAACAGCAAUGUCAAUUUGGAGGUUGUCGUGCCGCCAACGCAGCCGAUUAUCUUCAACGAGCGUCGCCUGCGAAUCGAUUCGAGGGCAGGUCCUUAUGAAGAGGGUGGCAGCCUGGAGGUCACCUGCGUCGUCUACGGAGGGUCUCCACCGCCGACUGUCAUCUGGCUGAUGAAUGGGCAGCUGCAGAACAGCGUUGUCGAUUACACAUACGAUGGGGCCAUCAACAGCAAACUGGUGGUUCGCAACCUGUCACGAAUCCACCAGCAUGCGGUCUACACCUGCCAGGCCAGCAAUUUCCACAAGAAAUAUGUGGCCACCAACAUAACUAUCGAGCUCUACCUGCGGCCUCUUCUGGUGGAAAUCAGCUUUAACAACCAGCCGAUGUCAGCAGAUCGAAAGUACGAGAUCGAAUGCCAGGCGAUUGGAUCAAGGCCGCCGGCCAAGAUUACCUGGUGGAUGGGCAAUCUCGAACUACUCGGCCACAGUCAGAAGGUCUCGGAGGAUGGCAAUGUGAGCACUUCGGUGCUAUCGAUCACACCCACAAGAGAAGAUCACGGCAAGGCUUUGUCCUGUCGGGCAACCAAUGAGCUCGUUCGCAAUGGAAUUCGAGAAACGGCCAUGAAAUUGAAUGUUUUCUUCAUUCCCACCUUGCAGCUGGACUUGGGCUCCAAUCUAAAUCCGGAGGAUAUCGAGGAAGGCGAUGACGUUUACUUCGAGUGUAAAGUGCAUGCAAAUCCGGCUGCUUAUAAAGUUGUAUGGAAGCAUAAUCACCAAAUCAUCCAGCACAACCAGCGAGCGGGCGUGAUUGUCAGCAGCGGAGAUCUGGCGCUCCAGGGAGUCACUCGUCACCAGGCGGGUAACUACACCUGCACCGCCUCGAAUGUGGAGGGCGAUGGAGACUCCAAUGUGGUCGAGCUGAAAGUGAUGUAUAAGCCAAUUUGCCGACCCGAUCAAAAGAAAAUCUAUGGAGUGGCGCGGAACGAGGCGGCCGAAAUCGUUUGCGAAGUGGAUGCCUUUCCGCCGCCGGAGAACUUCAAGUGGUCCUUCAACAACACGGCGGAGACCUUCGACAUGCCGCAGAGUGGUUUCCGGCCCCAUUCCGCCCAGGGCUCCACCCUCACCUACACGCCCGUCAAGGAAAUGGACUUUGGCACCAUCAUGUGCUGGGCCGACAACAAUGUGGGUCAGCAGAAGGAGCCCUGUGUGUUCCAUUUGAUAGCCGCUGGCAAACCGGAAGCGCCCACCAAUUGCACGGUGGUCAAUCAAACGUCCGACUCGCUGGAGGUUUAUUGCAUUGAAGGAUUCGAUGGCGGAAUGCGGCAGUGGUUCCUCAUGGAAAUCUUCGAUCAGCACAGUGGGCAGCUCCAGGCCAACAUCAGUGCCAAGUUCGCGGCCUUGAGUGUUACGGGAUUGGAUGCUGGCCGCCUAUUCCGCAUCUACGUGUAUGCCGUCAAUGGACGGGGACGCAGCGAUGCCAUAGCCCUCGAUGGAUACACCCUGAAGGCGGCCGAGAAACAGACGGUCGCCUUGACCUCGUACAAGGGCAGUGCCCAGAGUCCGGACAACUUCGAGCUGACUCCGAUCCUGUCGAUUGGCAUCUUCGUGGGCAUCCUGGUGGCCAUCGUGUGCAUCGGGAUUGGAACUAUUGCCGCACUGAAGCUGCGCUCGCACAAACAUCAGCAGCAGCAGAAAUUCGUACAUCCGAAUGCGAAAUUCUCACGUCCGGGCAAUUUGCAAAUUAAGGACAAAAUCUCAUUGCCAUUGAGUCACUCCGAGGAGAUGUACGACGAGAAGAAUCCCGAUGUUGUGCCCUACAAUGAGGUUGAUGGUGAAUAUAAACAAAAAUCAGCAACUCAAACGCCAUCGGGACAUCUUUCGACGACCAGCGAGGUGGAAAUCAGCUGCAAGCCGGGCUCAACUUCCGGCACCGGAAUCGUACCGGCCAACUCGGCGGACAGUGGCACCUAUCAGAGCAGCAAGGACGAUGAGCUGCACUACGCGGAGUUGUCGCUGACCAACAUGCCGUCCGGCAGCAGUGGCGCCUCGAAGAAGGGCCAGCCGGUAGGGGUGGUGCAGCAACAGCAGCAGCAGCAGGUGCAGCAGGGGCAGCACCCCCACCCCCUGAUGGGUGGCACCUUGCCGCACGGGUCGAGUAUGAGGAAGCUGCUGCCCACGAUUCCGGCGACGGCGACGCUGCAGCGCCACAAGCCGAAUGCGGGCGGAAUGCAGCAUCCGCACCAGCACGCUCCGCCGCCCACGUACGACUACGAUUACUUUGAGGAGCCGACGAUAUACGCGCAAAUCGAUGCGUACAAGACGAUGCAGGUGGACACCACAGGUGCAGGAGCAGCAGGAGGUGGAUCGGGGGUGUCGGGGGCCGGGGCAUGCAUCUCCUCGCCCGGAUCGCAUGGCACCCCCUCGACCGUUUCGCCCGGCACCGUGCAGAUGUACACCCUGCCCCAGCAUCCCGGUGGCUACCACACUCUGCCACACAAUCACCAUGCAGCAGGAGGAGGAGCAGGUGGUCCCCAGAACUCCGCUUCGAUGAUGCAAAUGAUGCAGCAGCAGUUGCACCACCAUCCCGCGCCCAACAUGCCGCCCUCCUACCAGCAGCACCAGCAGAAUCAGCAGCAUCAGAUGGCCCACGGCCAGAUGCUGGUCUCGAGCAACAGCAGCGGAUUGGCCUCCACCACGGCGGCUGUGGCCAGUCCCAGUAGUUCGCUCUCGGGACUUUCGGGCGUGGGCAAGUCCUAUUCGCGCGAAAUCGUCACCGUUCGCACCCCGCUCAUGUAUUCGCAGCAGGAGAGCUGCGUCUAAGGACUCCCAGGCAGGGAUGACCCAUGCCCCCAUGCCCCCAAAACACACGCCCCAAAACAUACCCGAUUUUCUAGUCAUGUAAGUCCUGAGCUCUUCGUGGUUGGUGUCUAGGCUAAGUGUUGCCAAAACGAAUUGAAUUAAAUAACAGCAUUCAAGAGAAUUGAGGCGAAUCGUUUGUGUGCUCGUGGAGGAACUGAUUAUUUUUAAAUGCAAAGGCUUGACACACGGCUGUCACAUAAAGAAAUUGUUCUUCUAAAAAGGAAAUAGAAAAUGUUUUUUAUCUUUCCACAAAUUUAAUUUGGAUAAUUGUUUAAUAAAUUCCUUGACAGACAUUUCUACAUUACAAAAUUAAUUUUCUGUGGCGAUCCUAUUCUAGUUUUGCCAAACUCCCUAUUUGAAACCAUCCGACUGAACAAUCACUUAUCAAAAACGAUUGAUUUUUAUUACAAUAGAAACUUAAUUCGAAAAAUAAUCAAUGUAUGAAAAAAUAAUUUUUUAACCUGCAACUUUUUUAUAAUAUGACAAGAACGGACUAUUGUUGUUAAGCCUAAUUUUAAAAUUAGAUCAAAAAAUCAAUUCAUGCAACUGUAGUAAUAAUAAAUCAAAAUCGAUUCCAAAAAAUAGGACGAAAAGAAGAUUUGGUAUUUAUUAUUUGUAGCACUUCUAAUAUAAAUGGCAAAAUGUUCAAAAGCAGUCAGGAAAAUUUUAUUUUUGGUCUCUUUUGAACAAUUAGAACAAGAAAAUGGCGCAGCAAAAGAAGAAUGUUCCUUCCUUACAGUAAGUACUCAGAUGGACACACAGUCUAUGCAAUAUUUUUUCAAGAGAUUCCUUCACACAUACGAGAACUAUGAAUUAACUUUCCAAGGAGACUUUGUAAAUGUUUGUAAAUGCAAGCUGGCGAGCAAAGAGCAGCGAUUUCUAGCAAUUAGGCUCAAAGAUCACAUACAUUUAGUACAUAUUAAGUAAGUAUAUCCUUGAUAUAAUAGACUUAAAGCUCACUCUCACUCAACCAAAGAUAGGCGAGCAAUGCGAAUGGGCAACUUCUUGGCAAUUAUAUUGAAAAUAAAUUAAAUUAUUCGAAUCUAUGGUAAACAAUAUAAAUAAAAGAACACCUACACACAAACACAAGCAAAUUAGCUGCAAUUAGCUUAGCAUAAAUGAAUACUAAGUAUUAAUGUGUAAAUAGCAAAAUCGUAAAUCAAAUUUAUUUUACAAAACCCAAAAGCAAAUCAAACAGAAACGCUGCAAACUAAUGAAUGUAAAUUAGUUGCACAUUCGAUUCGAAAAACUCCAAAAGACUAUAAAUAACAAAAAGAAAACAAAACAAGGACCUAUCGUUGGUAUGUAAACUUUGAAAACGAAAAAAUAACAAAGCCAGAAAAAGAAAAACAAAGGGAAUAAUUGUUGUUUGUAAAUUGCAUUUAUAUAUCAAUUUGUAUUUUUUCUCUUCAAUGUAUAAAUCAAUGUUUAAACUGUGAAAAUAUAUAAAUAUAACAAAAUAAAUGCACCUUGUAAAUUAUUGUUACAUUUUAAUAUUUGUGUUUGAUAAAUGGAAAAGUGAACACACAAACAAAACGAAAAGCUAUACUCCUUUAAAGUAUGAAUGAAACAAAAUGUUGAGCUGUAAUUGUAAUAGACAAGAAUUAUGGGCAAGCAUGGCAAAUGCAAUUUCCAUUCCAAGCUAGUUAAGAGGAAAAGAGCAAAAAAUAAUUAAAAAACAAGUGAUUUCUCUUACAUCAAUUAGAAUAAAAUACAAAGAAACGUAAAUAUAUAGGUCGGUCAUCAUCUGCGUAUAUUUCUGCAUGUAAGUGUUCCAACCAAUAUGAAUCUAAACUAAGUGUAGCUAAUUUAACAUCUAAACGAAGUCAUAAAAAAUAAUUGUAAAAUAUAUUAAUGAUUUAGUUUAAAGCAAGACAUAUACUCUACAAAUGAAUUAUGAAUGUAUGUUACGAUUAAGCACUCAAAAAGAUAUGGAAAAUACCCCUCCCCUAUCCCAAUAAAUACAAGGAAUACAAUAAUAACUUGAGACACAAGAAACAAACUGAACAGCAAACAACUGAAUGAACUCAACCAAAUAAAUCCAUACAAAAUU